GAUAUUUUCAUUCAAAAUGAUUCUUCUGAUUUGAUGAGGGUUCCUCGUGAACUUCUCCAUAUCAGUGACAAGGUAUGAUGCAGGCGAUCCAUGAAUCAAUAUAUUAGGAAUGUGAGAUGACUACACUCACUGAGGUGACUGCAACAGAAGAGAUUAUGACGGAUGUAGCUCAGACUGAGUAGUAGAGCGAGGAUUUCAUUGCCUUCAACAAGUUAUACCUGAGUUUAGAUUUGACUGUGGUCAUUCUUGCGGAGAUGGGAUUCCUUCUCCUGAAGUUGAGGAAUGUGAUGAUGGUAAUAAUACUGAAGGAGAUGGAUGAACUCCAGAUUGAAAAAUUGAAGAGGACUAUAAAUGUGAAGGAGAGCCUUCAGUUUGUACAAAAUAUAUCCCAAAGCCCCCACCUUCCUUUUCUGAAAUUAUAGAAAAAUAGCUUGCUUGAGCCAUCUAUUAUUCUUUCAGUUGGACUAAUUAUUCCUUCAUCAAUAUUCUUAGGAAUACCAACACAGUUUUUCUGGAGUUUGUUGAAUCACCUUCAAUUGAUGCAUUUGUUAUCUCUAAUGGCAUUCUAUUACCCUCAGAAUAUUCUAAAUACUUUCAGAAAGCUAAGAAUGACUAAUUUUGAAAGCAUAGGCUUGAACAGCACUGGCCUAAUGUUUACUGAUAUCAAAGACCUAACUGUAAAGGAGCCAAUAGAUUAUUUAUUUGAGAACCAUGAGUAUUACAACUCUUCAAUAUUGAUCAAUUGAUCAGAAGCAUUUGUGCUAUUCUUCAUUUUCAUUGCUUUCUUCAUCAUAAUUUAUCUCUUAUAUUCCUUCUGAUGGUGCGUAUGUCCCAAAACUGAGGAGGAAAGAAACAAGAGCUGAUGUUUAAACUAUCUCUUCCAGCUGAUCAACAUUCAGAAGGAAAGAAUAUGUCUGGCAUCUAUCUUCAGAAUCAUCCAUCAAUCCUACCUAAAGGUGAUUUUUAGCAUCUGGUUAAACUUGAAGUUCCUUAGUGUCAAGACUUCUGCUGAUAUGUUAUCAAUUUAUAUCUCUAGCUUCCUCUUGUUUGUAUAUCUUGGCUAUACAUUGACCGUGGUUAUUAUAUGAUUCAGAAAAAUUGUGAGGCAUGAUAAUGCCGUAGUUGAUCAAGAGAGCAAUCCACAUAAGAUUUCAGUUAUUGACAUGCUCGAGAAGGAUUAUAAUAGGUAUAAGAGAUACUAUCCUUUUAUUCAUGUUAUACACCUUCUAUAUAGACUCUGAUUCGUUUUGAUUCUUUUCAGUUUCAGGCAGAGUCCAUCAUUUCAGAUCUUUUGAAUAAUGGUGAUGUCAUUUGUUAGAGUGUUAUUUCUAUGCUAUUUCAGACCAUAUUUAGUCAACAUAGACUCAAACCAUGAGGUUGAUAAGUCUCUUAAUAUUCAGGAGAUUAUAAAUGAAUGAAUUUGCUUCUUGAUAUCUUUCUGCUUCUUCUUUUUCAAUGACAAGAAGUACGAAUUCGCAACAGAAGGAAGGAAUUAUACUAUUGGGAGUGGCUGAAUUGCUCUUAUGUUCUUUCCUAUUGUAUUCUAUCUUUGCCUAAUGGUUAUACAGAUUAUCAUCUUUUUAAGGAAGAAGUGAACUGUAACUGAGAAGGUUAUACCAGUCAAUUUCCCUCCACAGAGAAAUAUUGAUAUUCAUAAUAUGCAUUCUACAUCAAUUAUCAGCCAUAACACUUUUUCUCUUACAAAGAACAACACUCGUGAGAAAAAGAACCUUUUUGAAGAAGCCCCCCACGAAGCUAAAAAGCCUAAACUAUCAAUAAACAAACAUCUCGCCCAAAGACUUCAAACCCCCCUCGAAAUCGAGCAAAACUCUGAAGAAAUCAAAGAUGACUUAAAAAUAUAAUCUAACCCCCUAAAAUCUCUUCAA